AAAACCGUUCCGCGACGCCAACGAAAUCACUGAUUCAGCCUGCGGCGCCGGGGAACAAGUAACGUGACCAAUUCACCGAAGUAAUUCGGCCCCACAGCGAAAAUGAAGGUCCUAGCUGUUGCCCUCGUCUUCGUUCUUGUUGCUGGACUGAUCAGCACCACGGUUGCUCAAGGUGACGAAAGCGAAGUGGCCCAUGUUCGAGUCCGCCGAGGUUUCGGCUGUCCGCUUAACCAGGGCGCCUGCCAUCGCCACUGCCGGAGCAUCGGUCGCCGUGGUGGCUAUUGUUCAGGGAUCGUCAAGCAGACCUGCACUUGCUACCGCAAAUAGAAAACACGCCCUCGAUUCCGAAACAGCGGACAGCCCAUCGGGAUAACAAGACGAUCCCUGCGCGCGCUUCCUGUAGAGUUAAUGCGUGAUAACAUUUGGCUAUGUGCCAUCGUGGGCCAGUCCACAAUGUGCCACUUGCUUUGCUAGUCGAAAUAUUCCUAUACACGGCAGUGUACUCCCUGUACUCGUAAUAAAAUAUAAUGCGCAA